CCGCCGUCCUGACAUCCCUUCGACUCUUGCGCCUGUCCACCUAAUUAAUACUCCCCUAAUUCUCCCACCUCCUUCCCGUCGACUCCUACCUGCUCCCACACCAACAGUAGCCCAACCACCGUCAUGGCCACCGAAUUCUCGAGCGCCAACGUCUCCGCGAAACCCUCUCCCUACCACCACGCAUACAGGAAGUCGGCACAAUACGCACCCAUGAACUUCGGAACCCACACCCCCAUGAACGCGUCUCCCACCUCCCCACGCUCGUCCACCAUUCUCCAGGCUCCAGCACAACAACAAGCACCAAAACAACAGCAGCAACAAAACGGUCCUCCGCUGCAGCCGCUCAAGACUCCGCUCUACAUUCCUGCCGCGCUUCGCCGGACAGAACGAGCGCGCCCGUCUCCACCAAAGUGCGAUACCCCCAUCGACAGCUGGAACACACAGAGCCCAUUCGGUUCGAGCGGCGGCGAGCCCGGUCCUCUUCCUCGCAUUGCGACCGAGGACUUGCAUAGCAUCUACAACGAUAGCCCGCUGUCUCCAAUCGCCGGGCCCAUCACGAGGAACCACUGGCAGCCUGAUACGUCUGCCACGGAGUGCAGUGCUUCCUCGUGCCAGCAGCCCUUCAAUUGGCGCAAUCGCCGCCACCACUGCCGCAAGUGCGGCGGCAUCUUUUGCUGGCAGCAUUCCCAGAAAGUCGUACGACUCAACGAGCAUGCCUUGUUCCACCCCGAGGGCGAUUGGCAACGCUCCUGCGAUCGCUGCCACACCCAGUAUCGCGAGUGGGAGCAGCUGCGCUCCAGCCGCACCAACAGCGAGAGCUCUGGCUCCGGCAGCACCGCCGCCGUCGGCAUCGACACCCCCCAGGCUAAACGUCCUGAGAACACCCGCGUCGGUAGCCUUGCGACUAGCUUUGGUGGUAAUUGGAACUGGAGCACCUUCUGAUCCUCUCUCUUCUGC